UAUGAAACAGUAAUUUAGCAGAUAUCUUUUAAUUUUCAUAUUGUUCACAUCUUUUCCAGGUUUGUGGAAUAAUAUAAUGUUUGUUGCUCUGAAAUUAAAAGUAGCUACUGUUACAGCAUAUUGUUUUCGGCAGACUGCUACGAGUGUGGGUGUUUUUGAACGUCAGAGACACAACAAGCUGAUAGAGCAUCUGUCCUCUACUGCAUUAAGUCCUGCACCAUCUGUCUGUUUAGUAUUUACUCCAAGUUACUCCAGCCGAGACCUAAAACUUGAACUGUGUCAUUGUCUGUCUGUGAACUGAGCAGUAUGGACAGUGUCCCCCUCAAGAUGCCACAGGCUGUGACACAGGAAGUCAUCGAAGACAUCAAAGUUGUCCUCCCUGACUACCUCACCAUACUGCAGCACACUGAGUAUGAGUUCAACCUGGAGAACUGGGUGCUCACCGGGCUGCAGAAUGGCUUCACCAGUCAGCACCAGCCACAGCUUUCCUCCUCUUCAUCAGAACUGCUGCCAUCAUGUCCACCAUACUGGAUGAUGUUCAGCAGCCCUCAGCAGAGCCGCCUGGCCAGCCGCCACAGCUCCGACUUCUGGGAGCCCAACCCUCGAAAGCGCUCCUACAGCCUCAACCCCGACAUCCUGCGCACAAAGUUUACCAUCUCAGACUCUGAGGAUGAAGGGGAGAGCGCUGCAGAUAAAGUGCAGACACACGUGUCAGCACUGAAUCACUCAAGCGGAGAGUGUCCUGCUGCUUCCCAACAGUGCGGGCAGCGGAAGGCCUUCGUCCCAGACCUGCUGCACCCUCCAGCCUGUCUGAGCAGUUUGCCACAUCAGCGCAGGAAGAACCUGAGACAGUGUUCCCUCACCUCACCCAAAACAUCUGCACAACACCAUCCCAAAGCGGAGAACCAAACCCAGAGCGCGUCCUCAUACAGAAUCCUUAACUGCAGAUCCCCCAACACCAAAGCUGGAGUCCAAAGGCUCCCCAGCAUCACCAACCACAACACAACGGCAUCUCGUAGUCCAGACUCCUGUGGGAACCCUCCUAUGACCUCACCCCCCCGUGGUCUCGCCUCAUCUGGUUUGGACUCAUCAGCAGAGCUCCUGUCAGCUCUGAGCUCAGAGGAGAGAGAGGUGCUGGAAGCCAUCACAGCCCGCGGCUACCCAUUCCAUACUGCUAUCAUCGCCCUGCAGAAGACUGGCCAGCAGACACCAGAUCAGGUCUUGAGUUACCUGGUUGCAUGUGACCACCUGUGUCAGCUGGGUUACGACAUGGCUCAGGUCGAAGAGGCUCUGGAGAUGUUUCAAAACUGUGAAACUAAGGCAGAGGAGUUCCUACAUUUGCUGAGUCAGUUUAAUGAGAUGGGCUUUCAGCAGAAUGCCAUUAAAGAAGUGCUGCUGGUGCACGAGAACCACCGAGAACGAGCCCUCGAGGAGCUGAUGAUGCGCGUGUCAUGACACACACUUCACACGACGACCUUUUGAAAUCUCUCAUGCGCUGCAAAAUCUGUCUGGAAACCGCGUUUGGAGGAAUGAUUGAACACGGAUAAUUGUGUCCAAAGAUGGAUGGUGUUGAACGAUGACGAUACUGUAUUAUUUAUUAUUUUCAUGAUCAUUAGUUUGGAAUAAAACAUGUAUUAUCUAAAGUGAUGUAAGAAACUGUAAUAGCACGGUGUAUGUGUCUUUAUUCUGGUGCAAUCUAAUGCGCACUGUGUCUGACAGUUUGCAAAAUCCACAGAAAAUAAUCACUUAUUUUUAUUCAAAAUGGCUCAUUUUAUUCAGACUUUCCUGCAGAUAUUAUGUUCACUAUGGAUCAUCGAACAGUACAUUUCUUUGUAAUGAAUAUAAUGUAAUAUACAUAUUUCAAAUGCAGGUUUUCCACUUUUGUGAGCAGUCAGCUGUGAGACUGUGUCUUCAGACAACCACACCUCAGAAACUAUCAUUUACUGAUAUUCUGCGUCAUCCGCGUAUUAUCUUCAUUAGGUUUUUACAUUUUAUUAUUAUCGAAGGUGCUUAUGGAGCAGUUCUGCCUCAUAAUCACAAGAAGAACUUUACAUUUAUGACACAGAAGAUCAAU